AUGGAAUAUCUCAGAAAUUCUUGUGGUGGGCUGGUGUUAUUUGUGAUAACAGUUGUAAACUGGGCAGUUAGUGGAGUCAGGGGCGGUAACUCUACGUACAAGACAGCACUGAAUGCUGUCCUUCUCGAUGGUUACAAUCCCAGCGUUAACCCAGGGCGACACUACAGUACACAAAUUCUGAAUAUCAACGUCGGUUUUGGUUUAAAAAAUAUCCAAACAUUUGACGAGUUGGAAAGCGUGCUGACUGUAACUGGAAUCAUAAGUGUUUCAUGGUAUGACGAACGGUUAAUAUGGGUUCCAAAAAACUACAACAAUUUGACCACUACAAAUUUCAAACAGAAGGAAAUUUGGACACCACCAUUUGUGCUGUCAAACAGUUACAACAACAUUGAUUUAAUCGGUAACAGCGAUAUGCCUGUCACGGUACUGUAUACUGGAGAAGUGAACUGGUUUCUUCCAUUGAAACUUUCCUCGUCUUGUAACGCCGACGUGAGGUUUUAUCCCAACGACGUACAAACCUGCAGUUUGAACUUCAUGCCUUGGGGAUACUCAGGAGAACAGAUCCAACUGGUCGUGACAAGCCAGCAAGUCGACAAGAAUGAAUAUGAAGAGAGUCCAACAUGGGAUCUAGUCGAAGCGUCGCAAUUUGCCCAUUUAUCACCAAAGUUAGGCUUCAAAAUCGACGCGGUUUUUAAACGAAAACCGCUGUUUUGCAUGAUAAAUUUUAUCCUGCCCACAAUUUUCGUGGGCUUUAUCAACAUGAUGGUGUUCAUCCUCCCGCCGCAAUCGGGAGAACGUGUCGGCUUUUCUAUUACCGUGUUACUAGCUUUUGCAGUUUUCUUGUCCACAAUCGCCAAUGUCCUCCCCCAGACAUCCACGCCUAAUAUGGCUCUUCUCUGCUACUUACUAGUCGCUCAUAUUGGACAAAGUCUUUUGAUAAUGCUGUGUACGAUAUUUGGACUCCGGUUUUACUUACGACCCCAGAAAGAUCCUGUACCGAAAUGGAUGUCUGGGCUGACACGUUUAGCUUGCGGCUGCGCAAAACCGACCACCUGCAACGUGUAUCCGGAAUCAGAAAGCCGCGACGGGGUGGAGACCGAUGAAGAGGCCAGCACUGCCCUAUCUGGUGAUGUGGUUACUUGGCAACGUGUCGGGAACGCCUUCGAUAAUGUCUGUUGUGUGUUCUUUCUGAUGACGUCAGUAAUAUACAACACGGCUUUUUGGGCAUCUAUAUCUUCUUGA